UCCCAUUUGAAUUAUAGCAAGACACCGAGGCGAGACACUCGAGUUACUUCCCCACGUUUGAAGAUACAAAACCUGACCGGGACCACCGCCUGAAAAUACAAGCACAAUUUCCGAGGCGCUGCCUCCCUUCCCCUCCCUUCCCUCCCCUGACGAGCCGCGCCUGGCAACAGAAGCUUGACAGCCAUGGGUAUCACGGGGGGAAUGAAAUGUCUGAAGUACCUGCUGUUCUUUUUCAACGUCAUCUUCUUGUUAUGCGGCAUCACACUGAUGGUGGUGGGAGCCUUGACUCAGGUGGCUCUGUUCAGCACUCUCAUGAUCAAGAGUUCGAUAGCCUCAGGGGGUCCGAUCACCAUCAUCGGAGUCGGCGCGAUGGUGUUCCUGAUCGCCUUCUUCGGCUGCUGCGGAGCCUGGAAAGAAAGCUACUGCAUGGUCACAAUGUUUGCCAUCCUCCUCUCACUGAUCAUCUUCGUUGAGAUCGCCGCCGCCAUCACUGGAUACGUCUUCAGACAGAAGGUCUCAGAGGUCGUCCACGAGAGCCUCACCACUGUGUUCUCACAAUACAACAGCGUCCAGCCUCAGUUCAGAGAUUAUCUGGACAAACUGCAGAUAAGCUUGUCUUGCUGCGGUGUGAACAGCUCCAGUGACUGGGUGCAGCACAAGCCUGACAAUAAUUCGGUGCCCGACUCGUGCUGUAAGACUAAGACUACAGACUGUGGAGUCGGGGCCAUGACCGACGCCAACAAAGUGAAUGAGAAGGGUUGUCAGGGCGCACUGGUGGAGUUCCUGAAGAAUAACUCCAUGUGGGUGAUAGUUUCCGUGCUCGUUAUCGCAAUGCUGCAGGUCAUGGGCCUGGUGUUCGCCUGCUUGCUGAUGAGAGGCAUCCGCAGCGGCUACGAAGUCAUGUGAUCCAGAUUCACGAGCAGGCCGCGCAGAUCGCGCCUACUGGGAAACGUUGUUCAGCAAACUUAAAAGAAAUAUGUUCAUCUUGUAAUUCAAAUGUUGAGGAGCUCCCCUGAGAGGGGUAAAAAAAGAGCCACAUCCGCAAUUGUGUGCGCAAUUAACCGCGUAUUAUUAUAACACGACGCGUCAUGUUUUGAGAGAAAAAACAAACUGCAGCAUUAUUUGGGUUCAUUUUUAUUAGGAAUAAUAUCUAAUAACUUCACUCAUGUGCAGUGCAAAGUCACCAAUAUCCCCCAAAUUAUCUGAAAGUGUGUUUUUUCCAAAAUAAUAGUUUUUGUCUAACCGAGGGAUGACGUUUUCCUCUUACAAUAAUAAGUUUUCACGUUAUGACGUGAAAAGUUUAUUGUAGUAACGUGAACGGUUUAUUGUUACAUCGACAUGCCCCUCCCACUGCCACACACGUCAAAUUCAAUGUUCAAUGUCCUCUUGAAUCACUAUUGUGCCGAGUGACAACAUUUUGCACAAUUAGCUUUAUUGUUACAUCGACUUGCUAGAAGUGGUGAAAUGCACAUGCACGGUUUACAAAUCUGUAGCUUCGGACUACGAAAACCAUGGGCACGGAUGACACAUGGCUUUUUUUUUUCUCUCUCUCACCUGGACAUAGGGCCGGGGCUACGUAAAAUGUAAUACUCAGAACAAUAUAUUCAGCGUGAAUGUAUUACGCAGAGUUUCUGUCUCAAAGAAAAACCCCCACUGUUCAGCGGAUCGACUGUAAAUUUUCUGUUGUCAUGAUGCUGUGGAAUCUUUACUGAAAAAAAAAACCUCUGGUUAUAGCUGACUCAACAUUCACACUGUUAUUUUCCUGCUCCUUAUUUCUUUGAAAAUCUUUUUCUUCUGUACUUUUUCUUUUUUUUGCCGACUCUGUUGCUACUUUUGAACCUGUUUUGGCAUUGACUUUGUUUUUCUGUUUUACUGGUUCAAGGCUGCAAUUUCUAUUUCUAUUAAAGACUCUACUUUAAAUUG